AUGGGAGCUAAUUGCUGCAUAGCUGCCAAGGAAAGUUCUCAGCCAUCUAUGGCUCCAGUUGAAGUUUCUACAUACCGGGUAAGGCACUCACCAUCAUGGAGCUUCCGGUGGGACAACCGUACAUACAUAGAGGAUAUAAUGGAGAACAGUACGGUGUUCUCUAAUCAAAGUAGUGGAAACAUUCAUCCAGAAGUAAAGAAUAGUUUCAUUACACCAACUGAAGGCCAUAACAGUGGGGAUAGUCGUUCUGAUGUCCUCCGCAGGGUCAAGUGGGAAAAAUCUGACAAAAAGAUGGAAGCAUCCAAGCUCUCAAAAUUUGAUCCUCCAGCACAUCAGUCUACUGCAGCCAAUCCAACUCUUGAGGCUAAGUCUUCUAAAGCCCCUGACAUAGUAACUGUUGCUUCAGAUAUAAAGACAUCAGAGUCUCUUCCUUCAACACCGCCCCCUGUACCGAAGGCAGAUUCAGAAGAUCCUUCCUCCUCUAGAAGGCAGUUGCAAGGUGAGACAUCUGAUGGGUGGUCAACUCGCACACCCUCUGAUAUGGUGGCCACAACUGAAAGACAUAGGUGGUCUGUUGACAAUGAGCUCCUUGGCUCCAUUGCUAGUAAAACAUCAAGAUCAAAUGGUUCACAUCCCAGUGUACUCUCCCCUGGCCAAGAGGUAUGCAAGCUAUGUUCGAGGCUAUUAAAGGAGCGGUCUUCAUGUAACGGUCAUGAACUGGCAGUAGUUGCUGUUUUAUUCUGUGGUCAUGCAUAUCAUGCAAAUUGUUUAGAUAGUAUUACUGCAGAAAGUGAGAAAUAUGAUCCUCCUUGUCCUGUAUGCACCCAUGGUGAUGCAUGUACAGAAAAACUGUUCAAAAAGAUGGAACUGAAGGUUAAAAACAAGGCAUCGAAAAAUAUGGCUGAUACUGAUCUUGAUGGGAGCUCUAAGCUCCAGAAGAAAGUUAAGAGAGAACCCAGGUUUGGCACAAGUUCUAGCAUGAAGGAUACGUUUAGUCGUCCGUUUUCGAGGAGACAUUUCUCCUCUGGUUCUCGACCAUCAACACCAGUUUCAGGGAGUGAACCAACAAGAAAGAAGGGCUUCUGGUCAAGGCAUUGGAGAGAAUAG